CUGGAAAUAGUCGAACGUCACAUGAACGUUUCUAAAACAUUUAAAUAAAUAAAUUGCUGCUCUAUUGUGCAAAACACUCACAAAGUAAAUUCAUUUAAAAUAAGCAAUAUAAUUGAUUAGAUCUGUCGCAGCGAAGUGGCAACUCCACAGACACAGCUGUUUUUUGUUUGGAACAACCAAGUCAAACAAUGCCAAGAAUUCUGAAGAGAGCCCGCGGCAAAAACUUCUCGGAGGCAGAGGAGCGCAUCCUCUUCCAGCUGGUGGAGAACCACAAGGAUAUAGUAUUGAACAAGAAGAGUGAUGCGGCCACCUGGAAGCUGAAAGCCGAGACUUGGGCAAAAAUAUGCGAGGAGUUCUGCACCCAAUCAGGUGUCGUUCGGUCGUGGGAGGCGCUUCGCGAUAAAUAUACCAAUACGAAAAGGAAGGAGAGGCGCUGUAACGGCGACAUGACACUAGCCUCCUCCGUUUCAUCGCCGUCGGAGGAAGCAAACGAUGCCAAUGAAAACCUUGAUUUCAAUCCGUCAAUGACCGAUUUUAAAGGCAAGAAGCAAAAAUCGGGUGCCGAUACCUUUUCUCAAGACAAGUGUGGCUUACAGGAAGGAAGGAAUAAACUGUGGGAGGAAAAGAUAAAGAUGCAAAGGGACUACUAUCGAGAUGAGAACGCUAGACUUGCAGAGAAGCACCGCAUUGAUAUGGAGAAGCAGGCGGUAGAGCUGCACGGUCUGCGCCUGAAGAACCAACUGCUCGAACUGCAGAUCGAGGAGCGAAAGAAACGCGGGUGAUGCUUUGUGGUUCAUCCGUUUAUAGUUGCGUAUUAUUAGGAUUUGUU